GCCUUGUGCCGCUGCCAUACACUCAUCACGCCAUCCUCACACCACUCCGACAGACAAGCUUUGACAGCCGAGUCUAUUCGCAGAUCAGGUUUCAAGAUGAAGUUCGGAACAAGCAUCGCAUUCUUGGCUACCAGCCUCUUCAGUGCCGUCAGUGGUGAUGCUGUGCCAUGGGAGCGUAUCGACAAAAACAACGCGCUGUUGCUCAUCCUCGAUCUCCAAGUUGGCCUCUACCAGCUCGCUCGUGACUGGGAUCAUACCCUCUAUAAGGAGAACAUUAUGGCUCAUGCCGAGCUUGGCAAACUGUUCGACUUGCCUGUCAUCUUGACAACUUCUGCCGAUACUGGUCCGAACGGUCCGCUGCCAAAGGAAAUGAUCGAGAUGUACCCCAACGCGCCUCUUAUCCGCCGUCAGGGUGAGGUCAAUGCGUGGGACAACGCGGAGUUCCGCGCUGCAGUUGAGGCAUCCGGCAAGAAGCAAAUCAUCGUCGCCGGAAUCGUUACCGACGUGUGCACCGCUUUCCUCGCUCUUUCCUUACGCGCUGAAGGCUACUCCGUCUUUGCCAAUAUCGAAGGUUCCGGUACUACCACUCAGCUCAUCCGCGACACUGCGAAUUCCCGCAUGGAGCGUGCUGGCGUCCAGCUCGUCAGCCUGUUCGCUAUUGUGUGUGACCUUAUGCGCGAUUGGCGUGCGACUCCAGGUGCUGGUGAGGUCCUGCCGUACCUUGACAAAUACUUGCCUGUUUACGGCAUGCUUGCCAGGGGCCAUGCUGCCGCCAUCGAGAACGGCACCCUCAUUCCUGGUGAGGCUGACUUGAUCACCGGCCAAAACGGUACUGUCGUCCUCUAGAGGUAGACUCAUGCUCAAGGUCGAAGACUUGAGGAUAUCAGGGGUUGACAGACAUUGGUGGGAGGUUUUCACGGAGAUGUUAUGAAGCUCUGAUGGAUGACAUGAGCGCAGACAGAAGUUGGGUAGCUGAUCCAAAUUCUAAUCUCACUCCUUCAUCUGUUUCGGU